GUUGCUGCAUUGACAACUGAAAAGCAUCGUGUCAGAUGGACCAAUGCAGCUGCAAUGGACAUAUUGGGAUAACCUCCAGUAGCUAUCUGUCUCGGCUACAAAGCUUUCUUCAGAUGUACUCGCACCCCGGAAGUCAUCUUUAAUCUUCAAGGAUCAAAUGGAAAAAGCCAAGAACAAGGUAUGACUUUUAGCCAGCUAGAUAGCUGUUAAGCUAAUGAAAACCUUGCAGCGUUCACGUCUCCUGGAACAUUCAACUAGCUAGGUGGGUGUAUUUUUGUCUAGCUAAUUUGUUAGUAUUAUAACUGAAUAGUUGGACGCAGCUAACGUUAGCUAACUUAAAUGGUUAGCGACGGUAAGUAGCUACGUUGCUGACAACUCAUGAGUGGCUGUAUUGAUUGAUUUGCGUGCUAAAACGAUGGCUAGCUAACGUGAUUAGAAAAUAGCUAAAAGUUAUGUAGUCCUUGUAUAAUGAUAACUAUGUCUGCUAGUUAGUCAUAUACAAGCACUGGGAAAACAAGCGUUUGGCUAGGUAACAAAAUGUUGGCAGCAAGCUAUUAGAUUGAUAGCUGACAAGCAAGGUAAAUUGGGUGACAUUCUGUCAACUCCUCUAUUUCAAAUGUCAUUACAUUAGUAACCAAUUGUCAUGUAAUUAAAUGUUUGAUUCCUUGAACUUGAAGCAUGUCACUCAUUACCGCAUGCAAUUUAGAGAUUUCUUUUAAGGCUAUACUUAUUUUUGUUAAAACGCACACUGUUCUCAUACAGUAGAAUAAUUGUGAGUCGAUCUUUUAACUGACAACUUUAUUUGACUUAAUGAAAUAAUACUUUUUGGGCAAACCGACCAAACUCUCAAAUGUUAAAUCUGUAAUUCUCAUUGAAAGUAAGUCUAAAAAACUGUUAAAGUUUCGUUUUUGCAUAUUUUAUACUGAACAAAAAAUAUAAACGCAACGAUUUUACUGAGUUACAGUUUAUAUAAGGAAAUCAGUCAAUUGAAAUAGAUUUAAUUAGGCCCUAAUCUAUGGAUUUCACAUGACUGGGCAGGGGCGUGGCAAUGGGUGGGUCUGGGAGGGCAGGGGCCAAUCUGGGAGCCAGGUCCAACCAAUCUGAAAGAGUUUCUCCCCACAAAAGGGCUUUAUCACAGACAGAAAUACUUAGGUCCGGGUGGCUGGUCUCAGACGAUCCCGCAGUUGAAGAAGACGGAUGUGGAAUUACUGGGCUGCCGUGGUUACACGUGGUCUGCGGAUGUGAGGCCCGUCGGGCGUACUGCCAAAGUCUCUAAAACAACGUUUUUCUUAUGAUAGAGAAAAUAACAUUAAAUUCUCUGCCAACAGCUCUGGUGGACAUUCCUGCAGUUAGCAUGCAAAUUGCACGCUCCCUCAACUUGAGACAUUUGUGGCAUUGUGUUGUCCCCAGCACAAGUUGCACCUGUGUAAUGAUCAUGCUAUUUAAUUAGCUUCUUGAUAUUCCACACCUGUCAGGUGGGAUGGAUUAUCUUGACAUAAGAGAAAUGCACACUAAUAGUGACGGAAACAAGUUUUUGCACCACAUUUGAGAAGAAGCUUUUCGUGCGUAUGGAAAAUAUCUGGGAUCCUUUAUUUCAGCUCAUGAAACAUGGGACCAACACUUUACAUGUUGCAUUUUAUAUUGUUGUUUGGUAUAGUUUUGGUUUUGUACACCAGCUGUUAAUACAAUAUUUUUGGUUAUGGAAAAUAUUUCACAGCGGUUUAGAUGGUACAAUGAUUCUCUACACUAGCUUGUUUUGUCAUAAACUGAAAUUAAGUGAACUAUUAGAAUUUUAGGCCCCAACAACCAGAAAAUGGUGGGGAAAUUUCUGCGUAGUGCAUCAUUAAGCUAUAUUUUUUAUGAUCUGCUCUUCAAUGUCUUGUCCAAGGAAUGUGACUUAUGCAAUAGGUAUUAGGCCUAGCCUACUCCUCCGUGUCUCUGCAGCCUGCCUUCUGGAAAAAUGUCCCAAAGUGAAAAAUCUUCAGUUCUUGGAAAUGUUCCUCUUGCAGUUUGAAAGGAAACCCCUGCCAAACAAAGCACAUUCUUAAAGCUGGAGGUUCCCUCAGCACUAGCCCUUGGUCAUGACAUUCAGUUCCAUUAUAUAUAAGUCAUUGGACGAAGGCUUCUGUAGGGUAAGUUUUGUUAAGAGCCGCAAUGCUCGGUCUGAACAUAAACCGUACCGCAAGCGAUAAUGUGUUAAAACCUUAUCUUUCAUAUCGGCGAGUAAUAAUUAAAAAAAGUUUAAUUGAUACACGCCUUUCAUAGGGUUAGUGUUCCCACAUGGUCAUAUUUCCAUGUUACAGCGCUUGUUUACGGAAAACAGAUGGAAGACGGAGUGGGCUAUCUGUGCUAAUUAGCUAUCUGUGUCUCCGAACACCUGUAAACGGAAGAACGAUGCCACAAAGUUGUCACUGAAAAAUACUGGUGGCUGCAAAUGUGUUAAAGCGGGUUAAAACAGUCAGGGUAUAUUUUGGAUUUGUGAAAAUAUUUUGACGUGAUAUGAAAAUAGAGGGAUUUAUGUUUCUAGAACUGGACCAUAAUUGAGAAUCGAUUUAGAUGGAGUAUUUGGCUGUUUUGGCUUCCAGAGCCAAUUCCCCCUUUAAACAGAAUAUGUUUGUGCAUGUGUGAUUGUGUCCUCCUUUGUGAGUGGGCUCCUCCUUUUGUGAGUUGUUCACCAAAAUCCCCUAACCUCCCAUACAAGAUGGUCCUAGCCAUGUUUUCUGCACUGCAUAGCACAGUGUUUCCCAAUCCAGCAUAAUAGGUACAUGAUGGUGUUAACUUUGCUAAGAUCAAGUGUAGGGUUGCAAAAUUCAGGAACUUUCAAUAAAUUCCCUGGUUUCCCAAAAUCCCAUUUGGAGGAUCCCGGAAUAAGCAGAAAAUGCUGAAUCCUCCAACCAGGAUUUUAGAGAACCAGGGAAUUCAUUGAACGUUGCCAGAAUUUUGAAACCCUAAUCAAGUGUAGUAUCUGUUCUUAUCAGUUUAUCUAAUACAUCCCCUGUCGGGGGAUUACUUAUUAAAUGGGGUUUUCAAAUAGGGAGUGGGAAAUGGGAGUUGCUCCACUUAUUUAUUUAUUUAACCUUUAUUUAACUGGGCAAGUCAGUUAAGAACAAAUUCUUAUUUACAAUGACGGCCUAGGAACAGUGGGUUAACUGCCUUGUUCAGCAUCUACCCGGUAUUGAAGUACCCCUGGGAAUGGUGCACCACUUUUCAGGGGGUUGCCAGGUCAAAUCUCUGGUCUGAAGUGAGCUGGCAACUGGAGGGUUGCUGAUGGUAGCAAGUCCUAAAUACCAUUGCCAGCUGUUGUGCCCUUGAGAAAGGCACUUAACCCCCCAAAACAACUGCUCCACAGGUGCCCAGUGUGGCAGCCCCCUCCUCCAACCUCUCCUAUCCUGUAGAGGUAUGUGUAUCUUUUGGACGGGUUGAGAUAAAGUGGAAGUCACAUUUCGGGUUGGAUCUUGUGAUCUUAAAAGGAAAAAUGUCUUGGUUGGAUCUGUUAGGACUGGCUCUUCGGCUUUGGAAGAUGUUUGACUGUGAGAUCAGAGGUUAGUAUACUCAGUGUAUGUUGACUAUAAGAAAGGCAUUGAAGUAUUACUUCACACCUGAACCUGAUGGUCUACAGAAGACAUUCCAUCAUGUUACUCUAUGAAGAGUGAGCAUAGACUGAAGGUCAGUUUAUUCCCCAGUCUCUGUCACCCAAUCCCAUUCAUUCAUAGUUACAGAAAAGAGCAGCCCUCUAGGUCCAGGUUGUGUGUUUGGGUGAUCUGGUUUGACUCACAUCUGAGCUACAGACAACUGCUACAGACAACUGUUGCCUACCCAGUAUGUGUGUUGAGAGCCCAUGUCAGCAGCUGGUAAUAUGCAUUGCACAAUCCAAACAGAGGUCAGAUGGAGGUGAGAACAGGCCUACGCACACCUGACUGGAAUGUAUAGGCUUCAGUAGAACACUCAUUGUUGCAAGAUGUCCCUAUUUCUGUGUUUUUGUUUUGCAUUAUAGGGGCAACUGUAAAGGAAUAUUCCGAUGCUCAUUUUUACAUUAAUACUGCCAAUAAGUGGAAUGUUUAUGUUACUGUAUUGUAUUUCCCUUUUAGUUAUUUCAACAUUCACGGUCUGGCCUGUCUCUUGCCCUCUGGCUGUUCAGGAAUGUGUACACUAGAUAUAUUUCAAUGGGGGUCUGAAUAAACAAGCACCUCCCCACCACAGGGUUGCAACACACACACACACAAACUUGCGCACAGCUGAGAGACAUUAGGCAGAGUUUAGGCCCACUCCUCAUGAGCACAAGCCCUCUGCUGCUCUGCCAUAAAUGAGGUGAGGGAGGACAACGGGGAACUGUUAGAAAAGAUCUCAUAACUCCAGCACAAGGACCAGACGGCGUGUUCUCUUUAUUUGCAACUCUUUUUGAUGGAUUAUGUCAGUUAGUCUAAAGAAGAAAGAGUUUUGGCUUCAAGUUGGAAUUUCUUAAUACGCCAAAUAAAAGAGUUUAGGAAAAGUUCACUUUGUCACAGGCACAGAUAAUUGUCUUUAACCAGAAAUGCUCCUAUGUAAUUUAUAUUUUAAAACAAAGCAAGUAUAAUAUUUACUCUUGACUUUUUGUCUUCUUAAUUGAUGAAACAAUGAGACUUUCCAGACAGAGAGUUGGUACUUCCAUCUGCAACCAUCUUAAGAGCAGGCACAAAGACACCCCGAAAGCAUGCUUUGGUUUAAUGGUCAGUGAGGUAUAGUAAAGCCAGAAGCAGCCGGUUGGGUUUGAUCGUAGGAACCUUAGGGGAGAGCAUACAGAAGAAAGGUUUUACUGAGACGACCCCCCCCCCGUCUCCGGCAGUAUAAUUUAAACUAUGUCCAUAUCUCUAAGAACUGUAUUGCCUUGCCGAGCCUUUUGGAAAGCCAUUACUCUGCUAAUUGGUUCACCCAUUUAGCAGAUUUUGUUUAUUUUUAGGCUAUUCUCAGUGCUAUUCUCUUGCAAUGUUACACAACCAUUCCUUGAAGACAAUGUAAAAUGUUCUUGUGCGCAACACCUAGCCUAUUUUCUUUUUACUUGGUGUGAUUUUUAUUUUUUUUUUAGGAUGAAAAAGACUGCCUCAUUUGUCCUUUAACACUGUUUUAUUAGCUCUGCUGUCAUAGAUAAAGCCCCAAAUACUUUCCCUACCUUGGUCAUCAUGACAGCAAGGCCAGUUGUUCAUGCACCUGGGUGAGAUGUGAGCUAAUACACAUGGAUUGUGUAUUAAAUCUUCAUCUGUGACAGUAAGAACUUCUGACCGCAGAACAACCCCAGUUCGACCCAAACCAGCCAGUGACUGCCAUCUAGUGGCGUUGACAGUCAGGAAAUCUGAGCCUGAGCCAGAUGAAUUCUAAAGCAGAAUGCCUUGUUUUCCAGACUUGUGGAGAUAAGGUGUUUUCCUUUUUAUGGAAAUUGUUUCAAUGAAAUGUAGUUGAUUGUAGUCUUUCCACUGAUGUGUUGUCCUUAACCUCUUUUGUGUGUCCACACUGAGGUGUAAAUGUAUGGGCAUCAGAGAGCCCAGUAUGAAGAAGACAGGCAGGCCGGUGGGGACUAAGGCUCAGAGUGGAGAGAGGGGGAAGACUGAAGGCAUUGCUACAGGAACCACCGGCAAGGCUGCAGCCAAGACCACCACAACAGUACCACUGUCAAAGGUUAAAAGCAAUGAUGAUCUGCUAGCAGCAAUGGCAGGGGGAACUCCAGCUACGAACCGCACUGUGACCAAGAAUAAGAGGACUGCCUCCACGGGGAACAGCAAUGGUAACCCAGACAGUAAACCAAAGACUAGCACAGGUUCCUCAGCCAAACGUGUGACGUCCUCGACCUCCAAGGAGCCCAACUCAUCAAGGGAUCGUCUGCGGACAUCCAGAACAUCGCCUAGUAAGAAGCAGUCAUCAGGGGCAGGGCAGGGAGAUGUGGCCCAGGGAAAGCGCUCUCGCAGCCAGCAGCUGGCACAGUCAGAGGGCCGCAUGAACAAGUCUAAAUCAGACAGCCAGAUCAGUGACAAGGUGGCCCUGGAGGCCAGGGUGGAGGACCUGCUGGGUUUGGCCAAGAGCAAAGACGUGGAGAUCCUGCACCUACGCAGUGAGCUGAGAGAUAUGAGGGCUCAGCUGGGCCUGGGACGGGAAGAGGUGCCCCCAGAGGAGGGAGAAGGUGGAAGGGGGGAGGAGAAGCCCCUGGAGAGGGAGGUGUCGGCCAUCACAGCAGCGGACGUGGAGUCCACGCUGCUCCUCCUGCAGGAGCAGAACCAUGCCAUCCGUGAGGAACUGAACCUGUUGAAGAGUGAGAACCGCAUGCUGAAGGACCGACUCAAUGCGCUUGGCUUCUCCCUGGAGCAGAGGCUGGAUGGCUCUGACAAGCUCUUUAACUACGUCUCCCUGAGCCCAGACCUGGCUGCCAGCAGCAGACACAGCGAUGGCAGGUGCACUGGUACCCUCACUUCCUCUGUGGAGGGCUCUGCUCCGGGCUCCCUGGAGGACCUGCUGACGGACCAACAGCACGGCGGUUCAUUGGACAACUUGGACAGUGAAUCCAGCGAGGUCUACCAGGGUGUAACAUCCAGCGACGACGCCCUGGAUGCCCCCUCCGGAGCCUCCUCCUCCUCUGAGUCUGAGAGCCUGCCCAGCCGAGAACGCUCGUGCCGGGGCAGCGGCGGCAACGCCAGCGAGGUGUCUUUGGCCUGCCUGACAGAGCGAAUCUACCAAAUGGAGGAGAACCAGCACAGCACGGCCGAGGAGCUGCAGGCCACACUACAGGAGCUGGCUGACCUGCAGCAGAUCACCCAGGAGCUGAAUGGAGAGAACGAGAGGCUAGGGGAAGAGAAGGUAAUCCUCAUGGACUCUCUGUGUCAGCAGAGCGACAAGCUGGAGCACUACGGCCGGCAGAUUGAGUACUUCCGCUCUCUGCUGGACGAUCACCACGUGUCCUACGUCUUGGAGGAGGACAUCAAGAGCGGCCGCUACAUGGAGCUGGAGCAGCGUUACGUGGACCUGGCCGACAAUGCCCGCUUUGACAGGGAGCAGCUACUGGGGGUACAGCAGCACCUCAGCAACACACUGAAGAUGGCUGAGCAGGACAACGCCGAGGCCCAGGAGUUGAUCGGCGCUCUGAAGGAGAGAAACCACCACAUGGAGCGCAUCAUGGAGUCAGAGAGGCAGGACCGGGGGGCCAUGGUAGCAGCGCUGGAGGAGUACAAGGCGGCGGUGAGCAGUGACCAGGUAGAGCUGAGCCGCUGCAGGGCCCAGCUGGACCAGGAGAGGCAGAAGGUGGCUGAGCUCUACUCCAUCCACAACUCUGGAGACAAGAGUGACAUCUGCCAGCUGCUGGAGGGUGUUCGGCUGGACAAGGAGGAGGCAGAGGGCAGGGCUACCAAACUGCAGGAGGACCUGGGCCACGCCUGCAGUGAUGUCACCAGGCUGCAGGACACCCUCAAUAAGCUGGAUGGGGAGUACCAGGACUUCCAGGAACAGGUACAGAAGCAGAUGGCUGAGCAGAAGCGUGGGCUGGAGAAACAGCGCGGUGAGCUGCUGGAGAAGGAAACUGAGAUCGGGGACAUGAAGGAGACCAUAUUUGAGCUGGAGGAUGAGGUGGAGCAGCACCGAGCAGUCAAACUCCACGACAACCUCGUCAUCACAGACCUGGAGAACUCUGUGAAAAAGCUACAGGACCAGAAGCAUGACAUGGAGCGGGAGAUUAAGAUCCUCCACCGGAGGCUGAGGGAAGAGUCGGCAGAGUGGCGUCAGUUCCAGGCUGAUCUGCAGACGGCCGUGGUCAUCGCUAAUGACAUCAAGUCGGAAGCACAGGAGGAGAUUGGGGAUAUGCGUCACCGUCUCCGCGAGGUCCAGGAGAAGAACGAGAAGCUGGGCAAGGAGCUGGAGGAAGUCAAGAACCGCAAGCAGGAUGAGGAGAGGGGCAGGGUGUAUAACUACAUGAAUGCAGUGGAGAGGGAUCUGGCUGCACUGAGGCAGGGUAUGGGCCUGAGCCGUCGCUCCUCUACCUCCUCAGAGCCCUCUCCCACCGUCAAAACCCUCAUCAAGAGCUUCGACAAUGCCUCCUCACAAGGUACCCCAACCUGCGAGUGCCUAGUCCCCCCGACCGCUGCCCCUGCUGUCACAUUACCACGCACUCCCCUGAGUCCCAGCCCCAUGAAGACCCCUCCUGCAGCCGCCAUCACACCCAUGCAGAGACAGUCCAUAACUGGGUCCAUCUCAGCAGCCAAACCCCUCUCCUCUCUGAAUGACAAAAGGCCCAGCUACACAGACAUCAGCAUGCCAGAGCAUCAUCUUAGGGGCUCCUCUGCCAGCCGCCCUGCCUCUGCUCUGCAGAGGGUCUCAAACAUGGACUCAUCUAAGGCCAUGGCCAUAUCAGUGUCCCGCAGGAGCAGUGAGGAGAUGAAGAGGGACAUCUCUGCCCCUGAGGGUGGCACCUCGUCCUCUCUGAUGGCCAUGGGCUCUGCUUCCUCCCUGUCCUCCUCCUCUCCCACCGCCUCCGUCACCCCCACUGCACGCAGCCGCCUCCGAGAGGAGCGGAAGGACCCCCUCUCAGCCCUGGCCCGGGAGUAUGGGGGUUCCAAGAGGAACGCACUGCUCAAGUGGUGCCAGAAGAAGACUGAGGGGUACCAGAACAUCGACAUAACAAACUUCAGCAGCAGCUGGAACGACGGCCUUGCGUUCUGUGCUGUGCUACACACCUACCUGCCUGCUCACAUCCCCUACCAGGAGCUCACGAGCCAGGACAAGAGGCGAAAUUUCACACUAGCCUUCCAGGCUGCAGAGAGUGUGGGGAUCAAGUCCACUCUGGAUCUCAAUGAGAUGGCCAGUACUGAGAGACCAGACUGGCAGAGUGUGAUGACCUACGUCACGGCCAUCUACAAGUACUUUGAGACCUGAUGUGAUUUCCCCACCCAACACUGCAAGCACAACCUGCAGCCCUGCUCGGAAGCUCCUCUGACCUCACUGCACCUCCAACACUUCAACUCGACAUUCAACUCUGGUGUUAUAGCUCACUUCACUGUACCACCCUUCAUCCCAGCCGUGCCACACGCCGGCCACUCUGUCUCUAGUCUAGAGGCCUGCUAGUUUUGAAUCGCCAUAAGAAACAUACAAAUAAGCUCACUGCAAGCUAUUCGUAAUAUUGUGAACAGUCUUGCCCUUUUCACUGACACCUUAAGUGUGAUGGACACACAGCUUAAGGGCACUUCAAGCACCUAUUCAGGGCCUGCUCUGUUGGGGAUUCUAUUUGUACUCUGAUCCGUUACUGGAUAACCCGGUUGAGAUGACCCUUAAUCCAAAUGAUCUGGUUAAACCAGUUGGAGAACAUGCUACAGACUAUCCCAGUCGUUGUGCCUUGCACCCAGCCUUUACUCUUCUAGCCAAGGGGUUAUCCAAAAUGUUUCAGCCAAACCAUACCCAUUGUGUGUAGUAUGUUCAUGGCACUUAUUUUCUAUGGAAAUAAGAGGAACAAAUGGAACACUUUGCCAGGUGCAGGUUCAUCUUUUAUCAUGGAUUAAGUGCCUGUUUAAAUCGCAUCACUGACUUCCUAAGAGAGGUUGUAGCAAAAAUGGCUCAAUGAAACUGUUUCAAUGCUCCAUGCUUUCAAAGCAUCUUUGGAGAAAUCGAAGUGAAGCUUUUUAAAAACACUAGUUAUUCAGCAGUUAUAUGAAAAACACUAGCUACAUCAUAAGGGAUAAAGCUGUCAGGUGCUCUCACGAUCACCUGUUAGAUUCAAGCUACAAUGUUGAUGGUCUGUUUUUAGGAGCGUGAACAUUGCUACAGUAGCAUUUUGUAUUGGUGACAGAGACCAAUGAACUAUACGGGACCAACACAAUGCCUCUCCGUGACAGCUUUCUCAUAUAGAACUGUCUUGAUCCUGAACCAAAAAAGGAAUGUGUUUUUUCUUUAUGUGAAGUCCAGGGCUAGACUUGGCAAAAGCCCUGCUUCUUGGUGAUUUGAUUGGACUGUUUGGCCAGGAUGUUGAGUCUCAAGGUUGAACAUUCUUCAUAGUCACUUUUGUUGUCGUCAUCAAUCAAGAUUGGGAAGGUUUUUCAACUGCAAAAUGCAUCAGUUUUGCUGCUGGACCCAAAUGUAUUAACAUAUUGUUAGUGUUGACACAUUACUUCCACCAACAGCAGACUGAUUUGCAUUCCAUACAUUGAACUCCCAGGAUUGUUCACAGUCCAGUGCUCUUGAACUAUAAGAUUGAUGUGUUAUUAGAUACUCUAAGCUCAACUCACAAUGGAUUUAACUAAUGGUGUGUGUGUGUAAACAAACUUUUUGUAAGUUGAUAUAUUCCAUCUUGCCAGUAACAUUUACCUAGCCUACAAAGAAAUUUGCACAGCAAAUUAUAACUACAAGAAAUGCUUAAGUAACACCUAUGUAAAUUAUAUAUCUGCGCUAUCUUCACCAAAUAUACUUCAUUGAUAUAAAGCCUUACUAACAUUAAUGUGGAACUCAAUUCUAUGUAGUUUACAUAGUUGGCAAGAAAGAUAUUGGAAUGAAGAAUGACUGUCAUGUUAUUGUGCCUCUGCUUAUUAGUUUCUGUGGGUUUAUUAGUGUGGUUUAAUCCACCAUCCAGUAUAGCGAGGCAAGUGUUAGAAAUGUUAAAGGACAUUAUAUAUAUACAAAAGUAUGUGGAUACCCCUUCAAAUGAGUGGAUUCGGCUAUUUCGGCCACACCCGUUGCUGGCAGGUGUAUGGAAUCGAGCACACAGCCAUGCAAUCUCCAUAGACAAACAUUGGCAGAAGAAUGGCCUUGCUAAAGAGUUCAGUGACUUUCAACAUGGCACUGUCAUAGGAUGCCACCUUUCCAACCAGUCAGUUUGUCAAAUUUCUGCCCUGCUAUAACUGCCCCGGUCAACUUUAUUUUAUUUUUUUAUUGUGAAGUGGAAACGUCUAUGAGCAACAACAGCUCAGCCGCAAAGUGGUAGGCCACACAUGCUCACAGAACGGGACCUGGAGUUGGCUCACAGACGUUGGCUGGAGUGGUGUAAAGCUUGUCGCCAUUGCACUCUGGAGUGAUGAAUCACGCUUCACCAUCUGGCAGUGCGACAGACAAAUGUGGGUUUGGCGGCUGCCAGGAGAACACUACCUGCCCGAAUGCAUAGUGCCAACUGUAAAGUUUGGUGGAGAUGGAAUAAAGAUCUGGGUCUUCAGGCUGCUUCCAGUGAAGGGAAAUCUUAACACUACAGCAUACUGACAUUUUAGACAAUUCUGUGCUUCCAACUUUGUGGCAACACAACUUUGCACAAAGCGAGAAAUAUCUAGAAAUGGUUUGCCCAGAGCCCUGACCUCAACUUCAUAAAACACCUUUGGGAUGAAUUGGAACGCCGACUGCAAGACAGACCCAAUCGCCCAACAUCAGUGCCCGACCUCAGUAAUGCUUUUGUGGCUGAAUUGAAGCAAGUUCCUGCAACAUCUAGUGGAAAGCCUUCCCAGAAGAGUGGAGGCUGUUAUAGCAGCAAAGGGGGGACCAACUCCAUAUUAUUGUCCAAGAUUUGUAAUAAGAUGUUCGACGAGCAGGUGUCCACAUACCUUUUGGUUAUGUAGUGUAUGUGACCAGUCUAUGACUUCAUCACACUGCUGCACUGAUAUCUCUCAUAAGCUCAUAACAUAAGCUGGCUUGUUGCCUUUCGUUUGUUUCCAACCACACUACUGUAUAAUUUCAGAAUGGUACUGGAAGCUGUGGAUACUCCCUCGUUGCCGUACCACCUUAGGUUAGGCCCCCAUACAUCUACGAUAUAACACAUUUGCAUGUGGCGAUGGGACUUAAAAAAAUAAAAAUGAUAUAUAUUUGAAAGCACAUUAACUCCGGUCUGCUUGCCAGGCACUGCAUGGUGAUUGAGGCACUCACUGACCAAGCACAACUAGGAGCAUGGCUGGUCGUUUUUUAUUUUUGUCGAUCAGUGUGGUUGGAGAGUAAGACUGUGGUUUAAGUUCUAGGGAGGGAUUGUAUGGAUGAACACUUUGUGAGAGCGCAUGAGCUGUGAUUUUGUUAUGUACAGUAUUUACUGUUGAACAUUGCAUAGUAUGUUACCUCUAAAUCUCAUGUAUUUAUAUUUCCCAUUGCCAUUACUGCAAACCUGUGGCUAAAAUCUGACUUGCAUUGGAUCCGAACAGUAGUUGGUUUGCUAUGAUUCUAUUAUGUGAAGCUCCUCUGCUACUUCUUGCCAAGUACACAAUGUAAUACUAAUUGGGUGGGUGUGCUUACAUUUGUCCUAUUUCACACAUGUACAAGUGUGUAUUAUACGCAUGUGAAUUUGAAAUGUUUUUUGCAUAUCCCUAAGACACCCUCGGAAUGUCUCUUGAUCGUGUUCCAAUGUACAUUGGUAUUGAUAAGUGGUACAGUGCCAUCAAAGUAUUCAUUCCACUUUUUGUUACAGCCUGAAUUCCAAAUGGAUUAACUACAUUUUUUUGAUCACAUCUACUGCACACACUAUCCCAUAAUGACAACGUGAAUGCAUGUUUUUAGAGAUUUUUGCAAAUGUAUUAAAUUUAAAUACUGAAAUAUCUAAUGUUUUCACACCCCUGAGUCAUUACUUUGUAGUAGCACCUUUUGUUAGUGAUUCCAGCUGUGAGUCUUUCUGGAUAAGUCUCUAAUAGCUUUCCACACCGGGAUUGUGCAACAUUUUCCCAUUUUUAUUAUUAUCUAAAUUCUUCAAGCUCUGUCAAAUUGGUUGUUGAUCAUUGCUAGAGAACCCUUUUCAGGUAUUGGCGUAGAUUUAAGUAAACUAACUCGGCCACUCAGGAACAUUCACUGUCUUCUUGGUAAGCAACUCCAGUGUAUAUUUGGCCUUGUGUUUUAGGUUAUUGUCCUGCUGAAAGGUGAAUUCAUCUGUGUCUGGUGGAAAUCAGGUUUUCCUUGGAUUUUUCUGUGCUAAGCUCAAUUCUGUUUCUUUGUUACCCUGAAACUCCUGACACACAUCUCAAUUUAAUCCAUUUUAAAUGCAGGCUAUAACAGCAAUGUGGAAGUCAAGGGGUGUGUAUACUUUCUGAAGCCACUGUAUAUGUUGUCAUUUAUGAGGACUGAAACCUUUCCCUAACAUUAUAGAUAAACAAUGUCAAAAUAUCAGACUAUCAUCUUGACAUAUCACCACUGAAGAACAUACAGUUGAAGUUUGAAGUUUACGUACAUUCAUUAAAACUUGUUUUUCAAUUUAUUGUUAAACUAUAGUUUUGACAAGUUGGUUAGGACAUCUACUUUGUGCAUGACACAAAUCAUUUUUACCAACAAUUGUUUACAGAUUAUUUCUAUUACAAUUCACUGUAUCACAAUUCCAGUGGGUCAGAAGUUUACAUACACUAAGUUGACUGUGCCUUUUAAACAGCUUGGAAAAUUCCAGAAAAUUGUCAUGGCUUUAGAAGCUUCUGAUAGGCUAAUUUACAUAAUUUGAGGAAAUUGGAGGUGUACCUGUGGAUGUAUUUCAAGGCCUACCUUCAAACUCUGUGCCUGUUUGCUUGAUAUCAUGGGGAAAUCAAAAGAAAUCAGCCAAGACCUCAGAAAAAAAAUUUGUAGACCUCCACAAGUCUGGUUCAUCCUUGGGAGCAAUUUCCAAACGCCUGAAGGUACCACAUUCAUCUGUACAAACAAUAGUACGCAAGUAUAAACACCAUGUUACCACGCAGCCAUCAUACUGCUCAGGAAGGAGAUGUGUUCUGUCUCCUCGAGAUGAAUGUACUUUGGUGUGAAAAGUGCAAAUCAAUCCCAGAACAGCAAAGGACCUUGUGAAGAUGCUGGAGGAAACGGGUACAAAAGUAUCUAUAUCCACAGUAAAAUGAGUCCUAUAUCAACAUAACUUGAAAGGCCGCUCCACAAGGAAGAAGCCACUGCUCCAAAACCGCCAUAAUAAAGCCAGACUACGGUUUGCUACUGCACAUGGGGACAAAGAUCAUACUUUUUGGAGCAAUGUCCUUUGGUCUGAUGAAACAAAAAUAGAACUGUUUGGCCAUAAUGACCAUCGUUAUGUUUGGAGGGAAAAGGGGAGGCUUGCAAGCCAAAGAACACCAUCCCAAUCGUGAAGAACUUGGUUGGCAGCAUCAUGUUGUGGGGUUGCUUUGCUGCAGGAGGAACUGGUGCACUUCACAAAAUAGAUGGAGUCAUGAGGAAGGAAAAUGAUGUGGAUAUAUUGAAGCAGCAUCUCAAGACAUUAGUCAGGAAGUUAAAGCUUGGUUGCAAAUGGGUCUUCCAAAUGGACAUUGACCCCAAGCAUACUUACAAAGUUGUGGCAAAAUGGCUUAAGGACAACAAAGUCAAGGUAUUGGUGUGGCCAUCACAAAGCACUGACCUCAAUCCUAUAGAACAUUUGUGGGCAAAACUGAAAAAGCGAGUGCGAGCAAGGAGGCCUACAAACCUGACUCGGUUUGUUGUAAAAAAAUAUAUAUUUCACCCUUUAUUUAACCAGGUAGGCUAGUUGAGAACAAGUUCUCAUUCACAACUGCGACCUGGCCAAGAUAAAGCAACGCAGUGCGACACAGAGUUACACAUGGAAUAAACAAGCGUACAGUCAAUGACACAAUAGAAAAAAAGAAAGUCUAUAUACAGUGUGCAAAUGGCGUGAGGAGGAAAGGCAAUAAAUAGGCCACAGUAGCGAAGUAAUUACAAUUUAGCAAAUUAACACUGGAGUGAUCGAUGUGCAAGUAGAAAUACUGGUGUGCAAAAGAGCAGAAAAGUGUUUGACGCAAGGUAAAAAUUUAAAGGCAAUGCUACCAAACACUCAAUUAGUAUAUGUAAACUUCUGACCCACUGGGAAUGUGAUGAAAGAAAUAAAAGCUGAAAUAAAUCAUUCUCUCUACUAUUAUUCUGACAUUUAACAUUCUUAAAAUAAAGUGGUAAUCCUAACUGACCUAAAACAGGGAAUUUUUACUAGGAUUAAACGUCAGGAAUUGCGAAAAACUCAGUUUAAAUGUAUUUGGCUAAGGUGUAUGUAAACUUCCGACUUCAACUGUAGCUAGUGCUUGAGUUCAUUCAAUAAGUUGCUAAUUUUCCGUGGCUUCUUUAGACUUUAUUUUGCUCCGCAUGUUCUUCUGCUCAUUUUCUUCACGACAUCACAACAAAUGUGAAAAGAACUUAAAGCAUGUUUUAUUUUGUUUUAUGGGUCCAUUUGUUAUAAGUUCAUUUUGUUAACUUGAAAGGUUUUAAAUGUUUCUAAGCCUUUCUUUUCUUUCUUAUUAAUGGUGUUUUUUGCAUUUGAAUGAAUGUCAUUCUUGCCAGAGUUUUACUCUGUAAUAAGGAGACCAAGAGAUCCAUGGCGUCUUAUUCUGGUUUUAAGAAGUCAUGGUUGCCACUUAAUUGCCGAAGGAGUAUCUUGAAAGAAAGACGUGUCCUGUUGAUUUGAUACUGAUAAUAGAAAGAGUAUGGUGUUGUGUAGGGAAGUAGACCAAAUGCUCAUGUAUUAUGAUCCUUUUUCUCCUUUUUUUAAGUGGUUGAUUAAGGUUUUCUAUAUGUGUUUACAUGUUAUUUUGCAGAAAGUAAUAUUAAAGGAUCACUGCAACAGG